GCCGGGAGCAGGCGGGCGGGCGGGCUGGCCGGCUGCGGGGAGGCCGAAAGUUUCUCUGGCUGCCUUGUCCAGCCAGCGACAGCUGCCGCGGGACCAGCCCGGCCCUGCAGCUCUGGAAAAAGAAGAAACUCGCCGGGAAACACACUGGGGAAAGAAAAGAUCUCAAGCCAACCCGGCAGCGCAGGAGACAGGUCAUGGCCCUCCCAGGCCCUGUGAGGCUCUUGCUAUGACCCCAGGCCCCUUGUGGAGCCAGGACUGCGCCCUGCUGCUGCAGCCCCGCCCCGCCCAGCCUCCUUCAGCCCGGAGUCGCCAUGGGCAGCGUCAGCAGCCUCAUCUCCGGCCACAGCCUCCACAGCAAGCACUGCCGGGCAUCACAGUACAAGCUGCGCAAGUCUUCCCACCUCAAGAAACUGAAUCGGUGUUCUGACGGGCUGCUGCGCUUUGGCUUCUCCCAGGACUUGGGUCAUGGCAAGUCUAGCUCCAAAAUGGGCAAGAGCGAAGACUUCUUCUACAUCAAGGUCAGCCAGAAGGCCCGGGGCUCCCACCGCCCAGACUACACAGCACUGUCCAGCGGAGACCUAACGGGCCCAGCGGGAGUGGACUUCGACCCGUCCACCCCACCCAAGCUCCUGCCCUUCUCCAAUCAGCUAGACAUGGGCUCCGAGAAAGGUGUGACGAGGCCCACCGCUUUCAAGCCCGUGCUGCCGCGCUCAGGGGUCACCCUACACUCUUCCCCCGAGAGCACCGGCCACCAGCUGCACCCCGCCCCUGCGGACAAACCCAAGGAGCAGGAGCUGAAGCCCAGCCUGUGCUCUGGAGCACUGUCCGACUCCGGCCGCAACUCCAUGUCCAGCCUGCCCACGCACAGCACCACCAGCAGCUACCAGCUGGACCCGCUGGUCACCCCCGUGGGGCCCGCCAGCCGUUUUGGAGGCUCGGCCCACAACAUCACCCAGGGCAUCGUCCUCCAGGACAGCAACAUGAUGAGCCUGAAGGCUCUGUCCUUUUCCGACGGGGGCAGCAAACUGGGCCACGCAAACAAGGCAGACAAAGGCCCCUCAUGCGUCCGCUCGCCCAUCUCCACGGACGAGUGCAGCCUCCAGGAGCUGGAGCAGAAGCUGCGGGAGAGGGAGGGCGCACUGCACAGGCUGCAGCGCAGCUUUGAGGAGAAGGAGCUGGCCGCCGGCCAGGCCUACGAGGAGCGGCCGCGGCGCUGCCGGGACGAGAUGGACGGCGGUGGCAAGCUGAAGCCGGCCUCGCACAAGAGCCAGCGCGUCCAGCAGGCGCUGCCCCUGCAGGUGCUGCAGCUGCAGCAGGAGAAACGGCAGCUGCGGCAGGAGCUCGAGAGCCUCAUGAAGGAGCAGGACCUGCUGGAGACCAAGCUCAGGUCCUACGAGAGGGAGAAGACCAGCUUCGGGCCCGCCCUGGAGGAGACGCAGUGGGAGGUGUGCCAGAAGUCGGGCGAGAUUUCCCUCUUGAAGCAGCAGCUGAAGGAGUCCCAGACGGAGGUGAACACCAAGGCCAGCGAGAUCCUCGGCCUGAAGGCGCAGCUGAAGGACACGCGGGGCAAGCUGGAGGGCCUGGAGCUGAGGACGCAGGACCUGGAGGGCGCCCUGCGCACCAAGGGCCUGGAGCUGGAGGUGUGCGAGAACGAGCUGCAGCGCAAGAAAAACGAGGCGGAGCUGCUGCGGGAGAAGGUGAACCUCCUGGAGCAGGAGCUGCUGGAGCUGCGCGCCCUGCCGCGUGAGCCCGUCCUGCCCGCCAUCCCCGAGGACAUCCCGGCUCUGCAGCGGGAGCUGGAGCGGCUGCGGGCCGAGCUGCGCGAGGAGCGGCAAGACCACGACCAGAUGUCCUCGGGCUUCCAGCACGAGCGGCUGGUGUGGAAGGAGGAGAAGGAGAAGGUGAUCCGGUACCAGAAGCAGCUGCAGCAGAGCUACCUGGCCAUGUACCAGCGGAACCAGCGCCUGGAGAAGGCCCUACAGCGGCUGGCCCGCGGGGAUGGCGCCGGGGAGUCCCUGGAGAUUGACCUGGAAGGGGCUGACAUUCCCUACGAGGACAUCAUAGCCACGGAGAUCUGAGAGGCCACCUGGGAGAGUUAGGCCUGAGGACCUGGCCCUGGGGGGCAGGGGCUGUACCUGUUCAGGGAGGGGUGGCCUCCCACCUCCCCUGCUCAGCACUUUGGGCCCCUUUGAGAGAAGCCACCGCUGGGGCACAGGCUAGGGCCCCCAAGUGUUGGGCAGGGGCCGCAGGAUGGCCAUCCCUCCCCUUUCCGAUGUCCCAGUGCUCACCAACCCCACAGCCUGCUGGACCUUGGGCUCUGACUCAUGUGGCUUCCCCAAGGGAUGGAGCCACGGGUCUCCAUGCUUUAGUUAAGGGCUCCCUAAACCUUGGCCUUUGUUACAAAUAGUUAGAGACACCCCCACCAGGGAAGGUGGCUCCUUCCCUGAAGGCCACGUGGCCACACCAAGUACAAGGCUCCCUUUCGCCCCUGAUCCCAUUCCCUUUUCCCGUGGACACACUGGAAUGAAUGCCUUGGGAGAAGAAAGAAGCCAUUUGUGACCAGAAGCCUUGGAGCAUGGCCUGUCUGAACCUGAACUGCUUUUUCUCUUGGCCUUGGAGAUAGUGAGUUGGAAGGGCUGCAGAGAGUCUUGCUAAGCAUCAUCAAGGCUGUCCCUGUAAGCCACAGGAAGGAGGGGACAGUAGACCAGACCCUGAAAGACCCUGAGGAGGUCAGAGGGAGAAACUAAAUUGCAUGAGCUGGUAGUGGGCCAGUACCAGCCAGGCCCUGAGCCCAGCUUUCCCUGUGGUUUCCUGCUCACUGGAGCUAAGCAGCCUGGGAACAGGAGGUGACCUUGGACCUCAGUACCCACUCUUCUAAAAGCCAUAGAUGCUAAAGCCCUGAGGUGGGCUCUGGAAGGAAAGGUCAAAGGCACUGGGACACAGAGGGGGUGGGUUUUCAGUCAUCCCAGGGGAGCCUCUGGAUCCCUCCAGCUGGGGCUAGAGACAGGGAUGUCUCUCCCUGGUUCAGAGUUGGCUGCUGGCUACUCUGGUAUGUCAUUUUCUUCCCAAUAAUCCAGGUUUUACUUGGAUGCAGAAUAACCCAUGUCCCCUGAGAUGGCUCAUACGUGGUCUGGGGUCUGGACAUCUUCCCCCUGCACCUGUGGCCAGAUUCCAUGUGCACUUCUCCCCUCCAGUACCUUCAGUGUUAAGUGCCGGGUCUUUACAGAUCAGGAGGGGGCCCCAGAGUGCCAGUGGGCCAGAGCCCCAAGCAGGGAGAAGAGGUUUGCACACUGUGGUAGGAACAGCCCUGGGCCACCAGUCAUUCUGUCCUCCCCACCCCCGCCCCCAAGGCCCCCAGGGACCCUAGACUGUAAAGGAUCCAGAUGGUGGCAGCUUUCUCAGGGGCCCGGGCACUGCCCGGGGAAGGCCAGGGUUUCUCUCCUAACGAUGUGCAGAGCGGGAGGUAAGGGGGAGAAACGUGGACUUUUUAAGUUGCUUGGUUCAGGGAAUUUUCUCUUCUGUCUUCUUCUUCCUUUUUUCUUUCUUGUCUUUUCAGAAGCAAGCCAGACCUCGCAGGCUGUUCUGUGUUCUAUUUUUGACUCUAGCCACAGCUGCUGUUCUCAGGACAGCCAGCCCUGCUGGAUCCGGCGCCUCCUGCCUGCCUGCUGAGCUGGGCUUGGGGACAGUCUGGUACUUGACAGUCUGAGACCAUCCCUAGUUCUGCCUCCCUAGCACUGGGGGCUCCCCUUUCUUCUUGCCCACCACCCCCUCACAGGUGCCCCACAGCCCUUGCUUGGGUGUGGGCUGAUGGGAGGGCCAGCUUCCCAUGGGUGGCCCCACCUCUGGUCCCCAGGCUAAGCCAUGCCCAUCCUGCAGUCCCCAAAUGACAGAGGAAGGUUUCUAGAAUUUCAAACCACUGCUCUUAGUCAUAAGCUAGAUUUAAACCUGGAAUCUGCAGGCCAGAGCCCCCUCCCUGUAUGGAGGGAAGUACCUCCAUUAGGCGUGUUCAGAAGUCAAAGGCGUCCCAUUUUUGCCCCACGGCCCUGGGUCCUCCAUAUUCCCACCAGCCUGUGCCUUGUUUGAGUCCUUCCUCCCAGUGAGACACCCCACAGAGAGAGAGGGGGGCAGGCUGCCUCUCCCAACUUUGCCUUCAAGUUGUCACCUGGGAAGAGGUGGGUGCCAACCCAGGGGCAGGCACUCAGACAUGGACCCUGUGCUCCACUGCUGGGGGAUGGAGCCUCCACCCACAGGGAGUGCAGCCCUCUUCCAUGUCUUCUUCACCCUUCCCCAGGCCAUCCCUAGGAUGUCUACCCAGGCCUUGCCCAUCAUCCAAGAUGGCAGAAGCCCUCCCUGGGUCGCCACCAGCCCAAGGCCCCAGGGUGGCCCAAGCUGGCUCCAGAAUGCAAAUGUCCUGUUUCCCAGCGACCUUGCCUUCUUCUGGGUUUUCUUCCCUUCCUUGUCCACAAGCAUCCUUAAUAUUCUUGGACCAUGCCAGACCCCACCUCUCUGGAAGGCAGCUCUGCACAGUGGAGGUCCCAGCCUGGGGCGGGCUCACUGCCCUUCCCUCUGGGCACUCUGCCUGGCACACUUGCCCACCAGCUCUCUCGAGGAUGCCUGGCCUGCAAAUGCUCCAGCUGUCUGCAAAGGGAAUGCUCCAUUCAGCACCACCUCAACCAGGAGGUGUCUCUGGUCUCUGCCUCUGGGCCUUAGAAUAACCAGGCUGGCAGGAGGCAUCUUCAGGGGCAGCUUCCAGUGAACUGCUUGCACCAAGCACGGUCACGUGGGACUGGGAGUGGGAGGAGGGGCAUCUCUUCCCUGAGAGGCACUCACAGAGUAUCUUGUUGCUGGCGCCAGCCUGGACCAUCUCUUAGGGGAGAGAGUUGCCCAGGCAUGAGCCAGGCUGGCUGUUGGCAGUGUGGCUUUGGGAGAAGGGUUUCCCUGUGGCCCUGUGUUUUCAUCCUGUGCUGACGUGGCCAGAGGGCCUGAUGUCCUCGCCUGUCAUGUAGGUGGUCCCCAUGCUGUGGCAGGCUCAAGCUUUGGAUGGACUGGCAUUUGGAAGAAGAUGUACAUAGUUAUUUUUCUCUGUUUUUUCUCAUUUGGUUCAGUUUGCUUUUGACAGCUUCGUUUGAUUUUAUUUUUGACGGUACUUUUUGUCCAUGUAAACUAUUUCUGGUAAUUUUAUGUUUUUAUUUAUGAAUAAAGAAUGCCAUUUCUCAUGUCCUCCAGUGCC